AAGAAGAAGAAGAAGAAACAAUGGCUUCUCUAGAAACCCAUUUCUUAGCAACUCUCUUCUUUGCCCCAAUCGGCAUCCGCCGUUUCCUCUGUUCAUCUUCUCUCUUCCUCAAAAACCCAUCUUUGUUCAAAUCAAAACCAUGGUAUUUCUCCAACCCCAAAUGGAAAAACUUGGAUCUUUACAUCCUUGCCGUCGCUUUACCCCUCGCUUCAUUCGCAGAGAUCUUCAUUUUCUCCUCGCUUUCCGGCCACUCCACGUACCGUUUCUCCUUCUUCCAGCAAUUCUCCAGCCUCUCCCUCUUCUGGGUACUCAUCGUUUUCUUUGUAAUUUAUGACAAUCUCGACCAUUCCCUUUUCAACGAGACUUUCGUCUUCGCCUACGCCGGUAUGGCCUUUCUCGUCGAGUAUUCCUUCAGCGGUGUCGGUGUCACCGGCCUUGGGACCGUCGUUUACGAAUUGCUUGCUCAUUUGUCCCUCCUCUGUGCCGGUUGUUGCUUGGUUUUGUCUGUCAAAAGAACAGCCUUUUUCGCCGAGUUCUUCUUGUCUUUCGGAUUGGUUUUCAAAGGCACGUGGUUGUUGCAAGCCGGUUUGUGUUUGUACACCGAUGCAUUUGUUCCAACAGGUUGUAAGAAACUGGAGCUUUUGCCUCGUAGUCCCGAUGCCGAUGUUCAUUGUGAGCUCGAAGAAGAUGGGUUGAGAGGCAUGGCUUUGGUGAAUCUGUUGUUUGCUCUUCACGCAAUUUUGAUCACAGUUUCCAGUUGCGUGAUAUUUGGUGUUCUGUCGAGCUCUAAGAAACAGAGAUGUGCGGAGACUAGUGGCUCAUUGCUGGAUCAGGUCGAAUCGGACAGCUUAUUGAUGCGCCCUGUGCAUGAAAUUGAGAUGGAAUGAUGUGUAUUUUGUGUAUGUUUUCCCCUUAGUAGACAAUUUUUUACCAUUUUAUUGUUAUUGCUAUUAAGCAA